AUGGUGCCUCCGGCGGAUACUUCUCCCAUGGGAUGGGCGGGCCCUCACUGGAGCGUGCAUAAUGCAGCAUUUGAUGGUGUGAGCGCGCGCAUGUCUGGUGGCGCGGCGCUGCUGGAGGCGGCGGCGCGCGGCGACGCUCCGCGGCUGGUGGCCGCGCUGCAAGCGGACCCGCGGCUCAUACACAUCACAGACGAGGAGCCGGCUGCGGCGAUGAUUGUCGCUGAGCAGGUCGUAGAGACCGGUCCGCUUGAUGUAGCACGUUUCAUGUGUCCCUUCACAAAGGUUCGCAUUGUCUGCUUAUGUUGGGCACUCGCACUCGUGACGCCACAAUGGACUAUAAGUCAUCUCACCCUGACACCUGACGUCAUGCGGACGACUCCAUUUGCACUGGAGCAGAAUGGAUGCACCGCGCUGCAGCGCGCCGCGGCGGACGGGCACGUGGAGGCGGUGCGGCUGCUGCUGCAGCACGGCGCCGACCCUAACAAGCAGGACCACUUGCACGGCAAUACGGCGUUGCACGAGGCGGCGUGGAAGGGGUACUCGCGGUGCGUGGCGCUGCUGGCGGGCGGCGGCGCGGAGCUGCGCGCGCGCAACGGCGGCGGCUCCGCGGCGCUGCACCUCGCCUGCCAGAACGGACACAACCAGUCCUGCCGGGAACUGCUGCUGGCCGGCGCGCCGCCGCACUUGCAGAACAACUAUGGUGACACACCCCUCCACACGGCAGCACGUUACGGGCACGCGGGCGUGACACGUAUCCUUAUAUCUGCGCAAUGUCGGGUGUCCGAACAGAACAAGAACGGGGACACCGCCCUCCACAUCGCCGCCGCCAUGGGCCGCCGCAAGCUCACGCGCAUCCUCCUCGAGGCCGGCUGCGAUAAGGCGAUCAAGAACCAGCAGGGAGAAACGGCCCGAGACAUCGCUACUAGGAAAGGCCUGGAAGAAAUCAUCAACAUCCUCAACACCCCCGUAGCCAAACAACCCAAGAAGAAAGAAAAACGAGAUAAGAGCAAAGAUCGCGGAAUCGACGAACCGGACGAUGGAAAGAAAAAAAACAAAGAUAAGAAAAAGAAGAACGUCCACUUCGAACAGCAGCCGCCACCGGUGCAGUGGUCGCCGUACGGUUGCCACUAUUAUCCAGACCCAAAAUAUUUCCCUAAACCGAAAUUGAGCUCGCUUCCCACCGAACCCCUCAAGAAAGGCGAGCAAUACUAUUUGGAUCUCGCGGGAAAUAUAAAGAAGGGCCCCAUAGGAGCCGGUUAUACAUGCUAUUGUGCUCCAUUCUUCAAACACAUGGAAGAUAAACUGAACGAAGAUAAGAAAGAUCUAAAGCGACAUAUUGACAGAGCCCACGAAAGGUUGGAUCAAAAAGUAACAGAUUUGGAAAUGAAGACGCAGGGUCAGAUAUCGGAGUUGACUAGGUUUGUCGCCGCGGAAAGAGCUAUGUGCAACGAGCGACAUAAACACUUAGAGCACUGGUUGACACGGGGAAUGAUGUUCAGAGCUUCUGAAAGAAUAAGAAAAUUAGAUUUCAGUCCUAAGGGUUCUUUGGACAUCCCUCCGUUGAAAAGGACUAGAAGUUUAGAAAUCUUGGAUACGCAUACUGAAGAAUGGAAUAAAGUUAACAGGUUAAUAAAAACCUUCAAUAAAAAUUCUGAACAAUAUGAAAGUAAUGCCAAAGACUUGAAUGAGACUAGAGUCACGUCGAAAAGCACCGAGGUUUUAGAUAGCAGAAGAUCACCACCGACUCCGAGACGUAAAUAUAUACUUAAAAACUCCAGAAGUACAGAUCAGUUAGAAGCCGGUCCAAGUACGGAUUUAAGAUUCUCGAGAUCUCCCAACGCCGCACCGUGUCAUGCGAGUUCGAAACGUGAUAGUCAUUUGCAAAACGUUACAGCAGAAAUCCAUGUAAAAGCAAAUAAAAUAUGCGUUUCUCAAUCUCCUUUGUCGAUGGAAGUACAAGAUAAUAGUGAAAGAUACGUGUCCCCUAAUCUUACACCUCAUGUCAUCUCUCCUAAUGGCAGCAACAGACAUUCUGAUUACAAGGCGAAUGAUUCUGAUGGAGAAAAUUUAAUUAGAACUCAAAUAGAAUGUCCUCAAGAUAUUCCAGUUUGGAAAAGUCAGGUUCUUCAAAGAACUGCAGAUGAUAUUCGAAAAAGAGUGAUGCUUGACAAAGAAAUGUCAGAUGUGAUCGGCAGAACCAAUAGUAAAUCUCUGGAUAUAGCCCAAGAUGGUUACGUUAAACUUCGCAAACAGGGCAGCUGCCCGAGAGAGGAAAGUAGCAUAGUCAGAGAACCGAGAAAGUCAGUACAAGAAUUAGUCGCGCAAGUAGAACACCAUCAACAGGGGUGUAAAUCUCCCGAACCUUUACCAUUACAAAGAAAAAUGUCACCUUCUAGUGUACAUGAAGAACCGAUAGCUCUCGUCCAACCUUGCCCGGGGAUACUGAAGAUGCCACAACAACCUCAAAGACCAGCUCCAGUGCUAAAAGAGAAACCACCGAAAAGCAAACGUUUUAGCUUGCACAACCUGAUACCAUUCCCAACGAGAAAGACUUUCCAAACUCCACCAAAAGACAACGGCAAUAAUUCCGAGAGUAGCGAUGAAGAGGAUAACCCGAUAAGAACCACAAAUCAGCCCGGUCCUAUGAGAAACACAAAUCUUUUGCAAACACUUCCGAUGCCAAACUUCGAAACCAUGUCUAAUAAAUCACCCUCGCCAGCUCCUCAAGUGCAACAUCAAAACAAUCCUUAUCCCCACGACUUAAGAACUGCAAUACCUAAAGAUGCAUACUUUCACGACAUAUCCAACAGGCAAAUCCCCCAUCAGACGCCUUACAGAGAAAUUAUCGAAAACGGUCUUCCUGUUCCUCAGUACAAUACGCAUCAAACGAAUCGUUACGAUUACAAUGAAACAGGACUUCCACACGCGCCCGUUCAGGGUCGGAACAGGAACCCUUUGUACUACCAUCAGAGAGGCGUUUUCGACGCGAUGAUGCAAGAUCACAUACUGAGAGAAAUGGAAAGGAUACCGCAAUGCUAUGGUGACCAUUUGGAUCAGAACACCGAAAUCGAAAUAUCGAACCAAAAUGAUCAGUUUCGUGGAAGUCACUACGGUAAUCGUUCGCCGAUGUACCCGAACUUCAGAGGGAACCCUCACGGUGUGAGGAAAGCUGCAGAUCACAAUUUGUUGCACACACGUCUACAGUCGUUGGCUAUCAACACCCAUCUUACAGAGACUCAGAGUCAAACAGACAGAGAAUCUCACAACGACUCAGGGUACAGCACGAAGGUGUACGGCAGCUCUCAAGGACCUUCCCCUAGUCUGUCGGGACACGUCGAAUGCUCGGUGUCUGACAACCUCUCUGGGCAGAGGGUGGAUGUGGUACCAGGUGGAAAAAUAGCCCCACAAAUAGGUGCUUCUAGUUUGGUGUAAAUUCUAAUGUGAUAUCAUUGUGCCUUUUUCGAACAUAUUUCCGAAUCAAUAAUACAAAGCAUGUUGUAUUAUCUAAGAUAUUUUUUUAUAAUUUUCGGAAUUCUUUUUUAUGUGCGUUCCUUGACUACUGCAUUUUUUUUAUAAUACGUGAUAUGCUUUACAAGUUUCUGUUGUAUCAGUAUUGUAAUCAGCUUUGCAAUAGAAUGUGAGCAAACAUCA